GAAGCAUAAUGUCAAAUCAAAGAUCAGUUUCUUGUGGUCUUGAUUUUUGUGCAGUACCAGACUUGAGUAAUUGCCUUUUCACAGCAAAUUCAUCAAAAUAUGAGUUUAUAUGUGUUCCACUUGUUCAUCCGUUGUUUAAAAGAGAAUUUGUUUCUGGGCAUGCAAAAAACCGUAUUGGUCCAUUUACUAGACCAGACAUAGUUUUAUGUAGUUCUGAUUGGAAUACCUUAAUUAUUGGUAAAUUAUCACCAUACAUUAAAGUUGAUUCAAAAAAUUCUAGUUUAAGAAAAAACAGUGAGGAAACUUUAAAGCAGGAAUUAGCAUUGGCAAACCAUUUGGGUCUUGUAGGAGUUACUUUUAAAUUGACAAAAGGAAUAAAAGAAAAUGCAAAUCUUAGCCGAAUUAUAUGUAGUGAACUUUCAAGCAUGUGUAGUUUACAGGUUUGGGUUCAAAUACCUAUGGAAAAUCCAGUUAAACAAGCUUAUUCUUACAGAGAAGAAGAUUGUGAUACAGUAGAAAGUCCAUGGGAAUGGUGGAAUGCCUUCAGAAUAGUUUGUGAUUAUAAUAGAAAAUUAGGUGUUGCAUUAAUUGUAAGCCACGAUCUUCCUGAUCAAGAUGAGAUUGAUAGGUGGUUAGGAGAACCAGUAAAAUGUUUGAUUUUUCCAACAACAUUAUUUAUCACAAAUAAAAAAGGAUAUCCUGUAUUAAGUAAAGCACAUCAAGCAUUAGUGAAAAAAUUUGCCUUCCUAGAAGUACAAUUUGUACUUACAGGACAAAGUCGAUAUCAAAGUAUUACUUACUAUCAUAAUUAUUUGGAAUACUUAUGGAAGAAGUACGAAGUAGAUGGCCCAGUUGAAAGAUAUGCUCGGGGCUAUGAAGAUUAUCUGCAGUGUCCUUUGCAACCACUCAUGAACAAUCUUGAAUCUCAAACAUAUGAAGUAUUUGAAAAAGAUCCUAUUAAGUAUACAGAAUAUCAAACUGCUAUUUAUCAAGCAAUUUCUGCUGUUAUAGAAAAAAUAGAAGACAAACAAAGAGAAAUAAUAAUAAUGGUAGUUGGUGCUGGAAGAGGACCACUUGUCUGUGCAUCUUUGAAUGCAGGAAAAAGAGCAAAUCAUCCAGUUAAAAUAUAUGCUGUGGAAAAGAAUCCUAAUGCUGUAUUAACUUUACAAGCACUAGAAAAAGAUAUGUGGGAAAAUAAAGUAACAGUGGUGUCUUGUGAUAUGAGGGAAUGGAAUCCACCUGAAAAUGCUGAUAUUGUGGUAUCAGAGUUACUUGGUUCUUUUGGUGAUAAUGAACUAUCUCCAGAGUGUUUAGAUGGAAUUCAACGAUUUUUGAAAGAUGAUGGCAUAUGUAUACCAGCCUCAUACACAUCAUAUAUUGCACCUGUACAGUCAUCUAAAUUGUACAAUGAAGUAAGAAGGUGCAGAGAUAAAGACAAACAUUCAUUAGCUCAUUUUGAGACUUCAUAUAUAGUUCACUUUCAAAAUAAAUAUGACAUAGCAAAACCACAACCAUUAUUUACUUUCAAACAUCCAAAUAAGGAAAGUGUUAUUGAUAAUUCAAGAUAUGAUACAAAGGUAUUUAAAGUACAACAAAAUUGUGUAUUACAUGGUUUUUCUGGCUAUUUUGAUACUGUUUUAUUCAACAAUGUUACACUAAGUAUAAAACCUAGCACACGUAGCCCUGGAAUGUUCAGCUGGUUUCCUAUUUUUUUCCCAAUUAGGGAACCAGUACAGUUAAAAGCUGGGGACCAAAUAGUUGUUCAUUUUUGGCGUCAGUGUAACUCUAAAAAUGUGUGGUAUGAAUGGUGUAUUAGCGAACCUAUUCCUGGACCUAUUCAUAAUCCUGGUGGCCGUUCUUGUACUAUAGGUUUAUGAUUUAAUUUUAAUUUCUGUGAUUUAACUAUUUAAAAAAAUCUAAUGUUAUAAUAUCUUUAUAAUAAAACUAUA